AUGGCCAUGCAUCAAACACAAAAAGAAAGCAAGAUCUGCAAUACACUCUCACAACUUGGAAGCCUGAAAAGCUAUGCUAGGAAUGGAAACUUGGACAUUCGGGAAUACCUCAAAAUAUACCUUGGAGCAGACAAGAAGGCAGCCUUGAAGGAUGCUGCACCUAAAUAUAUCGAAGAACACUACCCAAAAGCCUACAAACAGGCCUACUCCUUACCGGAGGGGUACAUCCUAAAUAAUCGAGAAUUCAAUACCCAGAAGAAAAGUUCGGACAUUCACUUGCCACAGGAAUCAGUUUCCAUGGUGUUCAAUGCACUAAAAGACGCAUUUCGGCAUGUGCCUUCCCUUACAAUAUUCGAGUAUGCAUUCACUGACACCUUGCUCAAGGGCAUCGAUAAAAAAAAGAGAAAGGAAUUUAUCGACAACUUGAAAGUUCCCGUAGAAGCCCUGGAAUCUGGUGAUCAUGAUGUCUUCGGCAUUGGAAUAUUUGGGAAGGACAUCGUGGGAAUAUUCUUUCAGAUUAAGGCAACAACUUCCAAAUCAAAUCAAAAAACAUUUUUAAAGCGUCUUGAGGAAGCCACAAAACAAAUUAAGAAAGACCUUACUGUUUUCUGCACGAUGUGUGGUGAGUUCCUGAAUGGUAAUGUGAAGUUAGCGGGUUUUGCCGCCUUCCCAAUGCUUUCAAAGUCAGAUUUGAAAAAACUCAUGAAGUCCAAAGAUUGUACGGAGCGAAUCCUCACCUCAGAUGACCUUCGUAAUGAAAAAAGUUUUCAGUCGUUUUUUAAUGAAAACAAGAUCGAAUUGAAGGAGUUCGAUAAUCCUGAGCCCCUAGUAAUGCAGAGUUUCAAGGACAUCUUCGACCUCUACAUUUGUGCAGCAUCAGCUGUGAACAUCCCGCGCAACCCCACAGAUUCUCCACGCAGAGGAGAGCUGAACGCCUGA